UACAAGGUAUGGGGUCAUGUUAUGGGAUGCAGAAGAGCGUCUUGUGGUUGUACAGAACUUAAGGGAUGCGUAGGAUAGGGACCAAAGGAAGGUGACCAGGUGGUUUGCAGGGGAACAAGUAUGAGCAAAUAGAUGGGUAAAGGGAUAAAAGGGCCGUGCUCUGUGCCAGAUUACCACAGCCUGUUCCCUUUUCUCAUUAAGCUCCAUUUCUAACUGCUUUCCUGCAUGGGAGGACUCUUCAUUCUGUGUUUACCUGUGCAUAGUGAGGUUGGAGCUCCAGCAACAGGGGCAGUCGGUCCUGUAAGCUAUAGGGACCUCUGUGGCUGGAGACAGAUGGUCUAAGUACCCGUGGUGGACUGGGAGCACAAGUCCAAAGCGCUGGUAGCAGAGGGUCCGGAGUGCACACAUGUGGUGUGGGUGAGCCCAUUGCGGCGCCGUGGGUGGAGAACAUCGGGCUGGGCUGGCGCACGGUCAGCAAAGUGAGAGGCUGGGAGCCAGGGACCGAGCUGUGAGUGCAGGCACGGCACUGGUGAGAUCAGAGGGUCCUUAGGUGCACAGCAGGAGAGAUCAGGAUGUCCAGGCCAGCUGCUGGAGAGACCGUAAGAUCUGGGGGCCACUUCAGAGACUACUUGAUGAGGUGGCACGAGGCCAGACCGCUGGUGCCGUCUGUGUUUGCACGAGCUCUCAGUUUAGCUGGGGCAGUCUCCCUGUGCAGGUGUGUGUGUAGCUAGGGAAACGCACCCCCUGCCCGGCCCCUGGCUGCACCUCGGGCUGUGACACUGGGCUGCCAGGUCCAGCAACACCUAACGUGUGUACAGGACCUCCGCUGUACGUUGAGGACGCCAAAGUCUUCAGCUCUCAAAACUGAAAUUUGGAGCAAAAUCUACAAUGGCUGUUAAGUUGCAAAAGAGUUAUAAAACAUGUGUCAUUCUGAUUAAUGCAAAUAAGGCUACUUGCACGGGUGUGUAAAUAGAUUUGUUUAAGCUGCCGCGGUGUAGUAAUGGAGCACAGAUUAAACACAAAUUUAGGCUUUUGUUGUAGUUUUUUUUUUUUCUUUUUUUUUUUUAAAUGGGAUCUGGUGUUGAAGUCAAUAGAAGUGAAGAUAGAAAUAGGAAUAAAAAUGGGGAACUUUUAGUGCUGUGGUACGUUUUGCACUUUCCUUUUCCUCUCCAUAUUUCUCAAUCUUGAAUAAAUCUGGUUGUGGAGAAGAAUGGUAACACAGAGCCAGAACGGGGGUGCUUAUCAUCGUAAGAACUGACCUUCCUUUUUGACACUUUCUGGUUUUAGUCUAAUGCUGUAACUUUCAGUUAUCAUUGCUGGCAAAUUAAAGGACUCUGCUUGUAUCAAAUAUCAACAUCCUAUUAAAAAAAGUAAAACCAAAAAUUACCGUCCUGCUUGCUGUUGGAGCUUAUGAAGAUGUGGCUAUGCACUCAUGGGUGUAAUGGUCCAGUCUGGUGACAUGAAACUGAUAGGCAGAGGAGCAGAUUCUUUUAGACUGGAAACUGUGACUGGAGGCAUUUCAUAGGGAAUCUGAAGGGCUGCUUCAGCAUCUGUCCCUUCUUGCCCCAGAAAUCCUGCUUGCCUGUGGAAUACCACAAGUAAGCUUCAGAUUGCCGAAUGGGCUGGAUGUACUUUCUUCUGCUUUAACAUUUUCCAUACACUUAGGUUUUUUUAAUUAUUUUAUUGUUGUUGUUUAAGAAUGUAAUGCAGUUUUGAUUUAACACAACACCAUAAUUUAAUAACCUGCCAUUAUUUCAAAUGACUUUAUUUUGCUUUCUCCAAGCAACAGUAAUUUUAGCAGCUGUUAGGGCAGAUAACCGAAAGUACAUGGCAGAGUGACACGGGAUUGCAAAGUGGAACAAUGGGAGCUUCCAGAAAGUGCUGUAGUGCAUUAUCUUCAGGAAAUGGCCUCUUCUAAGUCCUUGAUGAACGUUCUAACCUUCAGUUUUGGAUCUGCAAUAGGAUUUUUCCUAUGCUAUCUUCUGUUUAGCAUGAUACUGGAAGAAAAGGUUGAAAUCCAACCUCAUAUUCUUCACAAUGAUCCACACGGCCAACACUCAGCAGAUACGGAUAACGAUCAGUUGCAAGGACAAAUGAAUUUCAAUGCAGACUCUGGACAGCACAAAGAUGAGAAUAAAAAUGUUGCAGAUGGACUGUAUCAGAAGGUGAAAAUACUUUGUUGGGUCAUGACUGGACCUCAAAAUCUAGAAAAGAAAGCCAGGCAUGUUAAGGCCACUUGGGCCCAACGUUGUAAUAAAAUACUUUUUAUGAGCUCUGAGGAAAAUAAAGACUUCCCAGCUGUGGGCCUAGAAACCAAAGAAGGCAGGGACCAACUGUACUGGAAGACUAUUAAAGCUUUUCAAUACGUGUAUGACCAUUAUUUUGAUGCUGCAGAUUGGUUCAUGAAAGCAGAUGAUGAUACAUAUGUUAUACUGGACAAUUUGAGAUGGCUUCUUUCAAAAUACAGUCCUGAACAACCGAUAUACUUUGGAAGAAGGUUUAAGCCUUACGUGAAACAGGGCUACAUGAGUGGAGGAGCAGGGUAUGUUCUAAGCAAAGAAGCUCUGAAGAGAUUUGUUACUGCAUUUAAAACAAACAAAUGCUCUCACAGUUCCUCUAUUGAAGACCUAGCACUAGGAAAGUGCAUGGAGAUCAUCAAUGUAGAAGCAGGAGAUUCUAGGGAUACAAACGGCAGGGAAACCUUUCAUCCCUUCGUUCCAGAACAUCUCCUAAUCAGAGGAUACCUACCAAAAACAUUCUGGUACUGGAAUUACAAUUAUUACCCUGCUGUAGAGGGUCCCGGCUGCUGCUCCGACCUGGCCGUUUCAUUCCACUAUGUUGACUCCAUGACUAUGUAUCAUUUGGAAUAUUUGAUUUAUCAUCUCCGUCCGUAUGGCUAUUUGUAUCGGUACAAUCCUGAUUCGGCAAAGAAUCUAGAAGAGCAGAACAAAAAUGAAGCACUAGAGGAUAAUCAAAAGCUAAAGCAAACAAUUUCUGGGAAUUAAGUGGACUUUGAAGGAAACUGAAUGAAGCCAGUACAGAGAAAAAGGGUCUUCCCCAUCUCCUGCAUGAAGCUUGUGGACUAGGAUUAUUUGUGGAUUCUUAUUUCAAAAAUCACGUUGGCAGUACUUCCAGCCAGUGUCUGUGCACAACAGAGUCCAAUAUGGGCUCUGACUGUUUGAGAUAGUAUGAUCUUGCAGCCCUACUCAUGAAGAUUUGGGGCCCUAAAGCUGUGAAAUAGGAGGUGGUUCUGGUACAUUAAUCUCUGGAAGAACUUGUAUUAAAAACAUAGUGAACAAGUUCGAAGAUAAUCAUACAGUAUUUCUUUUCUUUGUUUCUUUAUUUCCUUCCAAAUGUUCUGUUAGGUGAGGUCUAAUAUUAGAAAUCUGAUAUUGCACAGUCAAAUAUUUCGUGAUGGAAAUAUUUAUCUUGUGUUCUUAAUAUUCAGAAAUUACUUUGGGUAUUUUGCCCUACAAGGAAGGGAGAGGGGUAAAAAUACAGCCUCAAAUCUGCUUUGCCUUAACAACAGACCAGUCGAUGUGAAUAGACAGAGACACACCUCAGUGACUAACUUCUGAAUUAUUUCAGAAAUGAAAUUCACUGCUGUGAAUUGUUUAAAUUUUUUUUUACAAUAAGUCUCUAUUCUACAAAACAAUAUGAAGUUGGAUUACUACUAGUACCCAGGAGCAGUUACGAUUCAGAUUGCUGAGGUGAUGUCAGGAGCUUGCAUACUUGGCCAUGGCUUUUUUUUUGUUUGUUUUUAAAUCAAGUUGCCACUUGAUAGAAUGGAUGACUCAUCUGAGAACUUCGUAAGAUAAGCUAGAUGCUUUGUCUUACAAAAGUCUCUCCUCCUUCACACCUUCUCCGUAAAUCAGAAAGGUUAGUGUCUUAACAGAGCUACAAUGGCAUAUAAUAAUUAGGUUUCAGCCUGUGUUAGAAUUACUUCAUCCCUCUCUGAUUCUCACAUUACUUUGUGAAAUUAUCUUAUUCAUAAAAAUUCUUCAGAUACAAGCAAGUCCUAUUUUAAAACUACAGCAAAGCUGAUUUGACUGCUUGGCCAAAGUACUUAAUUUCACUUUUCUGAACUUUUUUUCAUCCAUUCUUAACAUUUGUUCUGUGUUUGUUUCUUGUUGUAUUUUUCCAAACGAAGUGUUACAUGAUCCCUGCUUCACUCUUGUGAAGCUGAAGUAUGUAGUUGUUCAGGUGCACCAGCCUGAAUGCAGGAAUCUUUCAAAGUGCAUUAACUCUCUCCACUACUUUAUGAGUAUCUCUGCCUCUUAACUGCCUCUUAACUGAAAACACUUUCUUGGUGUAAGACGAAAUUGUGUUAAUAACUGAAGAAUUUUCAAAGGCCAAGCCUGUGUUUUAUGUACCCAAACCUUCUGGUUUUCUCUUCAUCAAAUUCAAUUGAUAGCAAAGUUCAGGGGAUGGGGUUAAGCUUGACAUGCCUUUAUUCCACACGUCGACAAAAUUUCUUUCUUUUUUAUCAUUUUUCACCUUCAUCAUAUUGAUGAAUUUGGACAUAACCUGAUUACCUCCAGUCAUUGCUUUGGAGAGGGCACAUACUGGUAGCAGACAGCCUUGGGGACUGCUGCUGUCCUUCAGGGUGUUCCUUGAAGAGGACGUUACCAUAAAGUACUGGAAUUUUUUUUUCCAAAGAUAGCUCUCGCACACAGAUUGGGGUUCUAUCUGUGGUCCAGCAGUAAAGUUCAUGACUUCCUUUCUGGUCAUUACUCUGCAGUAUAAUGGCAAUUAUUGAAAUAGCUUAAGGAAUCGAAAUGCUAUGUACAGCUUCUCUGCCUGAAUGCAGGUUGGGUUUAUAUACAAAGUAUUAGUUAAAUGAAUAGUUCCUGUUGGGUUAAAUCUGUUGAUCGUGAGAAAGAUUCUCUCUGAAAUACUUAAAGAGACAAGAGCUUUAUUUUAAGUUAACUGACUUAUGUAGAAAAUUAUAAAUAUAUUUGUUUAGAAAAAGGAAAAAGUCUCCAGUUAGCUGUAGUCAGAGGGACACUUGUCCAGAGGAGAAUGUAUGAUACUUUAUUUUAGAUAGAUGCUUCCUUCUGUGAGCUAAAUGUUUAUCCCAUGUACAACACAAAACAAUAAUAUUGUGAAAUCCAUAUGCUAUUGAUAAAUCCAGUGGCAUUGUUCAAAGCUGCAACUAAAAGAUUCUGGAAUACAUAAGGAAACCAUAAAAUGAAAUCAAUAUCCCAACUUUAAUCUCUCUGCCUUUCCUCAGCAGCAGUUGUAAUACUUGUCUGCUACCCAACUGUCUUGUGGGUUUAGCAGGGCAGGGCAGGAGUGUCCCUCCAAGAAACAUGCAGCACCCUACAGGGAACGGAGAAAUAGAGGAACAAGCAAGCAAGCAUGUAUGUGCAAGUUGCAUCUCUUUAGGGAACGAGGCAAAGAACAUCCAACCUUGUGAUAAGCCAGCACCCUAUCUGGAGAAGCAAGAGUCACCUGCUCUUCAAAUGUUUGUUCUUGCUCUGUUUUAAAGUGUCCUUGCUCUUGGGCCUCUGAAAUGAUUUUCUUUGCCUUUUUGGCAGCACUGCACAGUAUUUUUUCCUUUCAAUAUCCAGACAGGCUGGAAAAAAGUAUUGAUUUUUUCAUUCUGUGGUUCUCACAGAGGGCUCUUUGUUGAAUUGUGUGGUUGUAACCAUGAGCUGAUACCUCCCAGAACAACUGGUUUGCAUCUCACUCUUCAAAAGCUUAGGGAGGGAAGAUUGGAAUGUGAGCAGCCUAAUUUUCACAUACAAUAUUACACAACUAUUAGUAGUUUAUUAUUUCACUCUCAGGGCUUCAUGCUUUGACAAAAUAUUUAAUGAGUUUGACUAUUUCAGCAGCCCAAGGAGGCUACGUUACAGGUGGGGUCCCCAUUCUGAAGCACAGAAGCAGGCUCUUUCAGGCUAUUCAGAUUACUGCGCUCACUUUCUCUGAGAUUUCUUCACUUUAUAAAACCUAAAAGCUUCCAUCACCAUAGUAGUGAUUUAAAAUGUCUCAUCUCAAAAAUUUUGAAUGAGUUUUCUUGAAGUUACAGAGCAGCAGGGUUUUCUUAAGCAGUUGCUUGUGCUUGGAUGUGGGAUGUCACUUAGUGUAACAGCAACAUUUUUACCUUGUGUUAAGUCAGUUUUAGUUCAGAAGGAACGAGAAGGCCAAGUGGCUGCCUUCUGAUCAAAGUCCCUAGCUGGAGGACAGAGGUAAUCUUGGCUUGCAGAAAAAGACCAAUUUUUAAUCUUCACUCCCAGUUCAGUUUUGCAAUUUCCAUUGGUCUUAUAUAAGAGGUUAGAUACAGUCUCUUGUUUUGUGGAAGAUCUUUGCUGAUGCAUUUUGCCUUUUAGACCGCUUUGGUUUGCUUUGCUGUGGGUAGAUACUACAAUCACUUUUUGUUCACAUGUUGCCAUUUGCUCUGUUACAUUUCCAGAAGUGUACCUUUCAGUAAGUAGCUGAUAGACCUGUUACGUGCAGUUUGCUGUCUGAGAAGGGUUUUUUGUCUUUGUACAACAGAGAAAAGUAGGAUUAUUUCCCUGAUGUACCUCCUACUGAUGCUAACAGUGCACACAUGGAUGAAAAUAGACCCCUCAAUAUGGGUCUGCUUGGGAAGGCUGCUUUGUCCUUUUUCUGUCAAGAAAAAAUGUCUGUGGAACUCCAAAGGUGUAAUUUGCUUUGUUUUACCAUACUGUAUUUAAAAUACUCCAGAAAUGUUGUUAAUCCUCUAAAAAGAAAAAAAAAGGAAAAUUGCUGCUGGACAGUAUGUUCCACUUAAAACCUGUGAAUGUUUCCUUUUGCGGUUCUAGGUAGUUGUGUCCUUAAUGGCAGGUAUAGGUGACUUGUCUGGACUGAUCACCAUAAGGUUUGUUUCUUAAAUACCUUCUUUAAAGUGCCUUUGACCAAAUUUUAGCAUCAAAAUUAAGUUGAGAAUUGAAUAAAUAAAAUAAGUUAUCUCAUA